CCAAACUAGAACACAAAUAAAGCCUAUUUAUUUUUACAUCUUAAAUCUGUAGUUAGGGUCGCAAGUUGGCUCAACUUAUGUAACCACCUCACGAGCAGAUACCCAGAUACCUGGAUGGAGCUAAGCAGCUUGUAAUCAGUUAUGGCGCACAGGAAGAAACCACGGAUGACGCGACUUAGUCCCACUUCGAAGCUUAUUGCAGAGGAAAACAAAAAAGAAAAGCAUAAAGUGUGGUCUCAGACGAGACAUACCAUACAAGUGUCCACUGAGGUGUGGGAUAUUUGGAACGAGGUCAAGAAAGGCAUGAAAAUUGCCAGGAACGACGAGUUUGCGAUGCGACUCCUAGAAUGUGCUCGCAGGAAUGAAACAGGGAGAGACCUAGCUAUACUAGAAAAAACACCUGUCGAGGCAUCAACCAGAACAACUCCAAUGGCUGAACAUUCAACCCCAGCAUGCAAAGCAGAACCUAGAUUUCCUGUCUCUGAUAUAUCAGAGACCAGCAUGGGUUUCAAUAGGGUAGAGGAAGAGCGGAAUCCCAUGUUCUGUUGGAAGCCAAACAAUACAACCACCACUAUCUCCAGGCGUCCAGAACACAUCCCAGAUCUUCAAGCUAAACUUGAACUUCAUUGGAACCAGGUACUCAGCUUGUCUAAGUUGUAUUCAAGCUUUACCAUUAGGGGAAUUCCAUUGUUUACAUCAUUUAAAGCUAGAUUUGAUCAAACACACCAACCAAAUAAUGCUCCGUCAACAUUCAUUCUCAUUCCCUUUGCACCGCAGCCCGGAACUGAAGUCCUAGAUAUAUCCAAUGGUGGGUCAACCAGUGGAAAUAUUGGUGUUGGUGGCAGAGGGGCUUGUUUCACUCGGACCAUUGGUGACAAUUACUGCUCAACCAGUGGAAAUAUUGGUGUUGAUGACAGAGGGGUUUGUUUCACUCGGACCAUGGGUGACAAUAACUGCUCAACCAGUGGAAAUAUUGGUGUUGGUGGCAGAGGGGUUUGUUUCACUCGGACCAUUGGUGGCAAUAACAGGUCAACCAGUGGAAAUACUGGUGUUGAUGACAGAGGGGCUUGUUCCACUCAGACCAUUGGUGACAUUAAAAUAGUUAAAACUGAGACAAUUCAUUCCUUUCCGAGUACUGAUAUAGAAUCGGACAUUGAUAUUGAUGUCACCACAUGUUCAGAUUCUAAAUUGGACAGUGCUUUUGAUAGCAAUGAAGAGCCAAGUGAGUUAUUGUCUUUUGAAAAUCAUGACUAUGUGAAGAUUAAUGAUUACAUAAAUGACAGAGGGUCAGAGAGUGACGAAGAAGCCACUUUUGAAACAUAUUUGGCGAAUAAAAAUAAAGUUAAGUAUUUCCAUCAUGAUGAUGAUGAAGAACAGUCAAAAUUGUCACUUAGAAAGAGUAACAGGAUAAGAACUGUUGGAUUCAGACCAAAUUAUUCUGCCUUAGAACUGCCCUCCUCUUCAGAAGAAGACAGUGAUUCUGGUCAGGAAAUAGAUUUAAGUGAUGAAGAGAUAGAAAUAGACGUUGAUUCUAAAGGAGAAUCUGCUGAAGGACAAAAGAAAAACAACAAUAAAAGCAAAGAGGAUAAAGACUAUAAGCCUGAUGAUAAAGAUGAUAAAAGUAAAGAAGGUCCGGACUAUAAAUCUGAAGAUGUAGAAACUGAAGGAAAUAAUGGUGUUGAUAAAAAUGUUGAAAACCCACAGACAUUAAAACGAAAGAAUAUCAAAGAUAAUGACCCUGACUUUGAUCUUGAUGACAUUGCUAAGCAGGAAAAGUAUAAGAAAAGAAGGAAACGCCUGAACAAGGAAAUUCUAGGUUAUAAAUCGGGGGAAAAUGUAAAUGGUAGGAGAAAAAAGGAAAACAAUGCAGCAAUGAUGAAAAAAAGAAAUUUGAUGACUUUGAAUGAAGAUAUUGCCAAGUUAAAAGAAACCAACAAAUGGAUAACUGUUGAUUUAGAUAAUGAAAAAGAUAACUUUGAAAUGGUUGAGUGCAAUUCUACAGCACAGAAAGACAGGAAUACAAAUGUAAUUGAGAUGUUAUAUUCCUGCUUAAUCUGCAAGGCAUUGCAAACAGACAAUAGAACUGAGUUUCAAAAUCAUGUCGAAAAUCAUGUGAAUGGUGUUCUGAAAUGCGCACAAUGUGGUUGCGAAUGUAGAGAUCCUCGUACUUUAUUAAAGCACGAAAGAACUGUUCAUAACAUCUAUGGACAAAAUCAAGUGAAUGUAUGUGAGGUAUGCGGGGUUGGGUUUAUGGCCAAUAAAUCAUACAAAAGACACAUGUCUAGAGAGCAUCUGCAGGCUGCGUGGAAUUGUCAAUAUUGCAGUGAGAAAUUUAUGUCAUUAAACUUGCAACAUCUUCAUCAACGUGAAAAACAUACAGAUAAGUUUGAUAUUUGCCAGAUGUGUAACAAAUAUUUCUUUGGAAAAGGGAAAAGCUUUGAGAAGCAUGUGAACCAUUGUGAUGGAAUUGGCAUUCAACGACAAAAACAAUGUAAAGAGUGUGGAAAGUCUUUCCAUCCAGGAAAACUCCAAACGCACAUAAAAACAGUUCAUCAACAACUUAGACGUUUCCAAUGCAAAUACUGCUCAUAUUCUGGUAAAAAUUCGACAAAUCUGAAACACCACCUCCUAAUUCAUGAAGGACGUAAGCCAAACACAUGCCAGGAUUGUGGUCAAUCAUUCACGCAGCCUUACCAGUUGACCUCCCACAUGAGAACCCACACAGGCGAGAAGCCAUUUAAGUGUGACCAGUGUCCCUACGCUGCCGCCUGGAACGUUCAACUGAAAGACCACAAAAAAGCUCAUGACAGUGACCAGGCUGUGACAUGUCCGCAUUGUGGCAUUGUGUUAAAGAACAAUACCUGUUUGAAUACUCACAUAAAGAAAGCCCAUUCAAAAUAAAUAAAAGAUCUAUA